AAUUAUUUCAUUGUCAUGAAUGUUGCAUUAUGCUUCUCUCCUAUAGACACCAGCCAAAGCGAAACACAUAAGGCCAAAAGUAAAAACCCUGCGUACCAAAGACACUUAGCUCUAGGCACCAACCACACCAUAUAUACUUGAUAGAUUCCAUACCUCUCUCAUGCACAAAUAAUCUUCUCUUUCUCUCUUUCUCUCUCUCUUUCGCUCUCCCGAGACAAUAAUGCCAAACAGUGGAUCUGAGCGGGAUGCGUCAGUGAGAAAGCAAGACACUGCCACCUUCUCCAGCAAGCUAUCGUCGACCAAACAACGCUUCUCGUCGCAGGCAACGGCAGCACCAGCUUGUCCUUCCUUUAGAAUCUACUACUACGACGGAGCCGCCGGUUCUGUCCCUUUCGAAUGGGAAUCUCAUCCAGGCACACCCAAGCACCCCUCCUCCGAACUACCUACUCUGCCACCUCUCACUCCUCCGCCGUCUCAUUUCCCAUUCUCAGGCGACCAAAGCCGGCGCGGUUCCAAGAAAUCCACCAAGAAAAUCCUCGCACUAAUCCCGACAAGGCUCUUCUGGCUAUCGUCGGGAGAACAUAAUGGGAGCAAGGCGAAGAAACUGUCGGCUUCGUCACCAGCAUCCAUGUCGGAGAGGGUGUUGAUAGAAGAGAACGAGUACGAUCUGUUCAAGUUUCAGACAGAAAGGAAGGCCAUGCGGAGAUUUUCAUCAUUCGACUCUUCUUCUGCUGAGCAAUUCCCCAUUCGUAGAUCACAAUCCUCCUCUUGCUUCCGUAUCCGCAGCUGUUUCAUCUGCUAAUUUCCCUCCAAGAUCUUGCAAAAUAAAACCGUGGAAAUUUUACAAACAUGUUUUUCUUUUUUUUUUAAAGCUUCUCAUGUAAUUUAUAAUACUAUUUUGUGUUCCAUAUCGUAUUAUUAUAAUAUCUAAUCAGAUGUGUCGGCAAUGCAGCUCCAAAUCCUAUCAUACUUUUAUUUUCUU